GAGAAAAAGUUUCAAAUUACUUGCAACUGAAUAAUUAGGAUAAAAAUGUACACAAUUAAACUCUUCCUUUUUAUUGCUCCUCUAGUUAUUUCCUCUAGAAUUGAUCAAGACAAUUCACCAUUUGAUUCUCUACCUCUGGAACCAAAAUCAAGAUUUGCUAUGUUAGAUGAUGUGAAAAUAUUAGCCAAUGGCCUUCUUCAGCUGGGACAUGGUCUUAAAGACUUUGUCCAUAAGACUAAAGGACAAAUUAAUGACAUUUUUCAAAAACUUAACAUAUUUGACCAAUCUUUUUAUGACUUAUCAUUACAAACCAAUGAAAUCAAAGAAGAAGAAAAGGAACUUAGAAGAACUACAUCAAAACUACAAGUAAAAAAUGAAGAGGUGAAGAAUAUGUCACUGGAACUGAACUCAAAACUUGAAAGUCUCCUAGAAGAAAAAAUUCUACUUCAACAAAAAGUAAGAUAUUUGGAGGAACAAUUAACUAAUUUAAUUGAAAAUCCACCUGAAAUUCAGGAACACCCAGAAGUAACUUCACUUAAGACUUUCGUAGAACAACAGGAUAACAAUAUCAAAGACCUUCUCCAGACUGUGGAAGAACAAUAUAAACAAUUAAGCCAACAGCACAGUCAAAUAAAAGAAAUAGAAAAUCAGCUCAGAAGAACUGGUUUUCAAGAACCCACAGAAAAUUUUCUUUCCUCCAAACCAAGAUCACCAAGAACUACUCCCUCUUUUCAGCUGAAUAAAACAAAAAAUGCAGAAGAGCAUGGAAUACCUGCAGAUUGCACUGCCAUUUACAACAAAGGUGAACAUACAAGCGGUGUUUAUGCCAUUAGACCCGGCAACGCUCACGUUUUUAAGGUCUACUGUGAUAUAAAAUCAGGUAGGCCAUGGACAUUAAUUCAACACCGAACAGAUGGAUCACAAAACUUCAAUGAAACCUGGGAGAACUACAAACAUGGUUUUGGAAAGCUUGAUGGAGAAUUCUGGUUGGGCCUAGAGAAGAUAAACUCUAUAGUAAGAGAAUCCAUUUAUAUUUUACGAAUUGAGCUACAAGACUGGAAGGAAAAUCAGCAUUACAUAGAAUACUCUUUUCACUUGGGAAAUCAUGAAACCAACUAUACGCUACACCUAGCUGAAAUUUCUGGCAAUGUCCCCAAAGUACUCGCAGAGCACAAAGAUUUGGUGUUUUCUACGUGGGAUCAUAAAGCAAAAGGAGUCACCAACUGUCCAGAAAUUUAUUCAGGUGGCUGGUGGUGGAAUGAUGCAUGUGGAGAAGGCAACCUCAACAGUAAAUAUAACAGACCAAGAACAAACUCUAAGCCCGAGAGGAGAAGAGGAAUAUGUUGGAAGUCUCAAGAUGGAAGGUUAUACUCUUUCAAAUCAACUAAAAUGUUGAUCCGUCCAAAAGAUCCAGAAAGCUCGAAAUGAACAGAGGCGAAUUAAAAAGCCAAUAAACCAAACAUUAAAUGCAUUCCAACUUACUGUCAUUUAAUAAUCUGAUACUAAGUGCUUGGGAGAAAGGUUGAGCAAUAUUUUUUUACAAUAUCUAUUUUAGGUGUAAAAUUAUCACCUCAAAUAACACUAUUUAUCUUUCUUAUCCAAAAUUCUUACUACAAGACCAUUUAUUCAUAUAUUUUAUAUUGUGGGAAUGAAUCUUAGAUGGCUACAAUUUAAAUUAUAAAUAAUAGGUGAAUUUUUAAAUACUAAGUUAAAGAAAAGCAGACUUUUAUUUUAACAAUCACCCUAAGAGCUAAUUUUAAAACCUCUCUAAACACAUUAUUUAUUAAAUUCUAAAUUAAUAAAUUCAAAAGACUGAACAAUUUUCAACACUGUAAUAUUAAUUUUAAAACUAAAAGUCAGUUCAGCAGAGUACCCGUAAAAAUUAGUAAUAUCAAUUUAAAAAUUGAUACUUUAUUUAACAGCCUGGAAUAAAUGUCUGAUAUGGUUCAUUCAUAAAACAAACAGAAGUAGGCUAAAAUACUGUUAUCAAUGUCUUUUAAACAAAUCAAGUACCUCAUGAUUACUAUGUCAUGUUGACUUUAACAUCAUGUACAUUGCACCCUAACAUAUUUGUUAACUUAACUAUACUGUAUGCAUUUUCAAUAUUUCAAUACGUAAGACUAUGAAAACAAUACCAAAGGGAUCUUGCCAGAAAACAAAUAAAAAUGAAUAUAUCUG